AUGGAGGCUGCUCUGUGUGUGUGUGUCUUUAAGUUAGUUGCUUGCUUCGUCGUGUCAUUUUGGCGUGAAGUGAAGCGUUCAGAAAAAGGAAGUCAAAACUCAAAAGAGUCCACCGGAGAAGAGAGAGAGAGAGAGAGAGUGGAUGGGGGAUACGAAGGUGGAGACAAUCUCGAGAACUUUCUCAGAGUUUCCAAAGAGCAACCUCCUGUUGCUAAAUUUGUUCUUCGCGUCUCCAACGUUGGCCCCAAUCGCAGAUUCUACAUCUCUCCCGUGUAUGAUAAACUGAUUCGUACAAUAGACGAUUGUGUGUGGCAUGUGGAUUCCAGCUUCCACGGCCGAUUCACCAUUGAUUUUGAGUUUCUGGAACUCAAAAUCUCCCCUUUGAAUGGUGGUGAAGCGUCUCCUGUUUGGCCUAACGAUGCAACAAUGCAAUCAAUCUCAACGCAAACGACUCUCAAAUGCUUAUCCCGGAUGCUAGAAGAAAGCAUCCUAUCAGACGUCACAAUCCACACAGCCGACGGGACGCUCUCCGCUCACAAAGCCAUCCUCUCGGCCAGCUCAAACGUCUUCCAAAGCAUGUUCCACCACGACCUCAAGGAGAAAGAAUCGUCCACGAUCCACAUCGACGACAUGUCGAGAGAGUCUUGCAUGGCUCUCUUAAGUUACCUCUACGGGAACAUAACGCAAGAAGAUUUCUGGAAACACAGGCUCGCUUUACUCGGCGCCGCGAACAAGUACGACAUCACCGAUUUGAAAGCGGCGUGCGAGGAGAGCCUCAUGGAAGAUAUAAACUCCGGGAACGUGCUAGAGAGGCUGCAAGAUGCUUGGCUUUAUCAGCUGGAGAAGCUGAAGAAAGGGUGUUUGAUGUAUUUGUUUGAUUUCGGCAAGAUUUAUGAUGUUAGAGACGAAAUCAGCGGUUUCUUCAGGCAAGCUGAUCGUGACCUGAUGCUGGAGAUGUUUCAAGAGGUCUUGUCCGUGUGGAAACCUGUCUAA